GCCCCCCGGAGUAUAUAAGCCGAGGACCCGGGCUGAGAACGGCAUCGUGCAGCUUCGGCUUCCAAGAAACAAGUGGUCUUAAGGGUCAGGCGACAGCACCCACUAGCAAAAUGGCUUACACCUGGGACAACCGCGUCAAGUACGUCGUCAGGUACAUGUACGACAUCGACAACAAUGGCUACCUCGACAAGAACGACUUCGAGUGCCUGGCCCUGAGGAACACACUCAUCGAGGGCCGCGGCGAGUUCAAGGACGAAGCUUACGCCACCAACCAGAAGAUCAUGAACAACCUCUGGAACGAGAUUGCUGAGCUUGCUGAUUUCAACAAGGACGGAGAGGUGUCAAUUGACGAGUUCAAGCAAGCAGUACAGAACGUUUGUGUGGGCAAGGGCUUUGACUCCUUCCCAGUGGCUUUCAAGUCGUUCAUUGCUAACCAGUUUAAGACAAUUGACGUAAAUGGUGACGGUCUUGUUGGCGUUGAUGAGUACAGGCUUGACUGCAUCUCCAGGAGUGCCUUCUCCAGCGUUAAGGAAAUCGACGAUGCCUACAACAAGCUCUGCACCGAUGCCGACAAUAAGGCUGGAGGCAUCAGCCUCGCCCGCUACCAGGAGCUGUAUGCCCAGUUCAUCUCCAACCCUGACGAGAAGUGCAAUGCCGUCUACCUUUUCGGACCCCUGAAGGAGGUGGCCUAAACACGUCUUUGAGGCACCAAGACCCUGCCCACGCGCGAGGCCCAUCGCUGUGGGUGGACACCCCGCACACGCGCAACCUGGGCUGGCCGUAGCGCCCGCCUCCACACCCAGCAGUGCCCAGUUCCUCGCCGCAUCAUUUUUAUACUCAUCCCGUCUGAUGCCAAGCUGCUGUGCCAGGCGACACCACCCCUGCCUGCAACAGUCGACCUGUGUGGGCGUUCCUAGCCAGGCUCCUGGAAUAGGGACCCGCCUGCCCCUGGCCACCCUCCACCUUUUUUGUUUCCUUCGGCCAGAGCAACAUCGGGCACGGCCGUCUACUGACACGAUCACAUACAUCUCUAUUAUUGUCAAAUAAACGUUAAAAUGUUUUAAA